CCUUAUUUUGACUAAAGUCAAGUCAGUUUUUAUUUAUAGAGGCCAGAAUCACAAAUUUGCCUCAGAGGGCUUUACAAUCUGUACAGCAUAUGACAUCCUUUAUCCUUAGACCUUCAAUUCAAAUAAGAAAAAACUCCCCCAAAAAACCUUUUAUGAAGGAAAAUGGAAGAAACCUCAGGAAGAGCAACAGAGGAGGAUCCUCUUCCAUGAGGACAGACAGGAAAUAGAUGUUUUGUGUACAGAACAGACAAAGAUAGAAAAAUUACUGUUUGGAAAAACAGGAUGACAAAAUUAUUGAUAGAUUGAUAACCUCUUAUAUACACUAAAAGAUGAGAUGUUGUCAAGUAUUUUCUUGUCACAAAUUUCAAAUUGAUCAUAUUGAGCUUGUAAUUUCAGAACUGUGCUAGAAAAGAUAACAGUUUUAGAUUCUAGUAACCUUUUAACUAACUUUAACUAAACUCAAGCAAUUCCCAACCUGAAAAGUCUCUUCAAGCGCCCCUAUAUCCUCCUCUGGGAGUUCCCUCAUCCCACUUCAUAACCCAACUGGGAUUGAUAAGACAUAAACCUAGGAGGGGUGGGGUGGGGGCAACCUUUAUUUUCUGUCCAUCACAGCAUCCCCAGCUGUCCCUCAGGACUAUAUUGCCUCGUGUCUCGAUAGUUGUCCAAUUUCCAAACCGAUAUGUGUGCUUGCAUUGACGUCAAAGCAGCAGGCUGGAUGUAUAAAACCCUCCGUCCUCUCUAGUCGCCGCUCACAGGGACUCUGCAGCCUGGUUCUCCGACUUGAUCUCUCUCCGGCCGACCACGAAGUUUAGCUGCAGCAUCUGGAGAGAAUAAAGACAUGAAGUCAGCCCCCUUGCUCCUGCUCCUCUCCUCGGUCCUCCUCUCGUCACACCUCCGCCCCGCCGCCGGCAGACCGCGCAUCCUUCCCGGCUGGCUGGAUGGCAGCGGCCGCUUCCAGACGCAGCAGCUGGACGAAGUGCUCCUCAGAGCGGCCGCCGCCGGAGACAGCGCCGCCUCACAGAUAGUGGGCGACAACAUCCUGAGGUUUCUCCAGGAGAGGAACCCGGACUCUGUCCACUGGCUGCCACCAGACGAGGAGAGCGAGGAUAGGGAGAAAGAAGCACUGAGGACGGCGUCGCAGCUGCUGAAACGCAGCGAAGAACCGCCGCUGUCCAUCGACCUGACCUUCCACCUGCUGAGGAAUAUGAUCCAGAUGGCCAAGAUGGAGAACCAGAGGGAGCAGGCUCUGCUCAACCGCAAAGUCCUCGACGAGGUCGGGAAGUAAAGCUCUACUUUUUGAAAAAAUGCCUCGUUAAAAACAGCCCAACCGCUGUCUCAGUAUUCAAGACCUCUGACAUUAGUUUUUGUUCGUGCGCCUGCCUUCCUCUCCACAUCAUUUUACGCACAGAUGGUGCCAAUUUACGCAUCACAGCAACCGCGAUAAAAAUGUAAAUUAUUAUUUUGAGACUUAGUUGGAAAAUAUGGAAACGGACUUCUCAGACCCUUCCGUCCCCUCCAUCAUUCUCUGGCUUCACCCUCAUCCUCCCCCUCUGAACACACACAAAGUCUCCUCCAUACUCGACUUUUCGACUUUUGGUGGACUUGACGCUAUCCGGAAACUGUCGAGUCUAAUUGGAUUUCACACUCUGAUGUUUGGACAUGGUUUAAUCUAGAAAUGAAAAUGUCUUUGCGGUGCAAACCCUGCACUCCUUAAAUCACUGACUGGGUUUUGACAUGUUUGAUUUAAAUACUUCAAUAACAGUUUGACUUUUGCAUCCCAAACAGAACCAGUUUCUGGUCAGCAA